CCGGUGGUGACAGCCACGUGGCCGCCGGGUGCAGCAGACGGAGCGCUCCAGGCUCCUACGCUGUGGCUGAACUGAGAGCUCGGGACUUUGCGGCAGCCCCUUAGCUUCGCACACAGUCCUAGUGCGUUCUGAGAUGGGGAAGUGGAAAACCUGAGCUGUUCGUUUCACCCGAAUCUUAAGACUUACUGUGGGUUUUGCCGUCCCGACCUACAAGAGUAAAUGGGUCCAGUAAUUGGAAUGACUCCAGAUAAGAGAGCUGAAACGCCAGGAGCUGAAAAGAUUGCAGGACUAAGCCAGAUUUACAAAAUGGGAAGCUUACCUGAAGCUGUCGAUGCUGCCCGGCCAAAGGCCACUCUUGUGGGCAGUGAGUCAACAGAUGAUGAAUUGACAAACUUGAACUGGCUUCAUGAAAGUACUAAUCUCCUCACAAACUUCAGCUUUGGCAGUGAGGAUCUUCCAGGGGUUAGCCCACUCUAUGAUAUAGAAGGAGAUGGUGUGCCAUCCUGUGGACCAUCCUGUUACCAGAAUCCAGAAAAAAAAUCAACCACCUCAAAGCCCCCGUACUCCUUUAGUCUUCUCAUUUAUAUGGCUAUUGAACACUCUCCAAAUAAAUGUUUGCCUGUCAAAGAAAUUUAUAGCUGGAUUCUGGACCGUUUCCCGUAUUUUGCUACUGCACCAACAGGGUGGAAGAAUUCUGUUCGACAUAAUCUAUCCCUGAAUAAAUGUUUUCAGAAAGUGGAAAGAAGCCACGGCAAGGUUAAUGGAAAAGGUUCCUUGUGGUGUGUUGAUCCAGAAUAUAAACCCAAUCUCAUGCAGGCACUGAAGAAGCAACCUUUUUCCUCUCCACAAAGUGGUUCUUUAUCACCUCACUACAUAACCUCUGUUCUCAAGCAGAACCAGGUGCGAACCCUCAAAGAAUCUGAUAUUGAUGCUGCCACUGCAAUGAUACUUUUAAAUACUUCUAUAGAACAAGGGAUUUUAGAAUGUGAGAAGCCUCUUCCUCUUAAAACAUCAUUGCAAAAAAAGAGGAAUUAUGGCCAUGCAUUUAGUCAUCCCAGUGCUGUACGAUUACAAGAGAGCGAUUCCUUAGCCACCAGCAUUGAUCCAAAAGAAGAUCACAACUACAGUGCCAGUAGUAUGGCAGCACAGCGGUGUGCCUCCAGGUCAAGCGUGUCUUCCCUGUCUUCUGUAGAUGAGGUGUAUGAAUUCAUCCCAAAGAAUAGCCAUGUAGGAAGUGACGGCAGUGAAGGAUUUCAUAGUGAAGAAGACACAGAUGGUGAUUAUGAAGAUGACCCUCUUGGAGACAGUGGCUAUGUGGCACAGGCUUGUGUAGACACCUCUCAAAAAGGGCUCCCAGGCAAAAAGAUGAGAAAACAGUCAUGUCAGGAAAUUGAUGAGGAGCUCAAAGAGGCAGCUGGAUCUCUGCUCCACCUUGCUGGAAUUCGUACAUGCCUAGGUUCCCUAAUAAGUACUGCAAAAACACAAAAUCAAAAGCAGCGGAAAAAAUAGAAAUACUGGUUAGUGUGAAAUUAUUUUAAAAUGUGGCAAUACUCUUCUACUAAAAGGGAUAUCAAAGCCAUAAUGGACUUCUUUCGUUUUAAGGUGGGGGAAGGGUGCCAAUUACUUGUUUCCUUCAAAAUACUUUUUGGUUACUUUUUUUUUUACAUUUUUUAUUAAAUAAUUGCUGUUAGGAUCAUGCCCAAUCAUAAAUGUUAUAUAAAAACCUAAAAGCAUAACUUUGAUGAUGUGUCUCUAAGAUUUGAAAAUUUUUAUAUAAGGAAAUCCCUAGUUUCUCUCUUAAACUUAAAAGAAAAAAAUAUUUUUCUGUUAAUACAUCAAAGUGUAAAGUUUGGUAACACUAUACCUUUUUUGUUUUCCUUUACAUUCUGUAUUUUUUUUUUUUUUUUUUUU